AUGGCCUCUUCAUCCGCUGAGGGUUUGGCCCGCCUCUUUUUGGCCCGCCUCCCGCCAGGUGAACAGCCUGCUGCAGUGGACGCCGUCAUCACCGACCUGUACGAGCGCACAACAGCGCGCCAUAUCGAUUUCCCGUCCGCAAUUUUGUCUGCCGAACUGUCUGCUGAGCUGUUGAAAAAGUGUCCUGAGACGAGCGAGAAAAAUGCAUCAGCCGCUCGGUUAGGCCGUGUGUUGAUGGAGAUUAUCAACAACACUGCAUGCGAUGACAUUCCUUCUGACCUUGUCCAACUUUGUAUUCGCCACUCAUCGCUGGCCGGCCAUGUCUUUACCGAGGCCACCCUUUUCCUUGCCCAGACCUCUGCUCGGCUUAGGAAUGAAAGCGCCCUCGCUGCCCCAUCGUCAGCCAUCAGCUGGACCACUCCCGUGAUCUCGCCGGAGCCCGCUAACAGCAAUGACCAAGACGGCCGCACUGUCCUUUAUCUGACCUUUCUUAAGCUUUUCUUCUGGUCCGAUGCUGCUUGCACCGUUUCUGUAGAUCUCCUCCAAGCUCUGCUUGUUCUUCUAGGCGCCCGUUCUGAAAAGCUGGCACACGCAAGCAGAGAUUGCCUUGCCGCUGCUUUUCACAGUCUUCAUACUGGCAAAGCCGUUCUCGACGAGACCUAUAAAGCCGUCUCAGGAGUGUUCGGCCCUAUAAGCAUCCCCGUCGGAGAAUUCAUAUGGAGCCGAAUCACCGACCUGCUCUCUACCCCGGCUGAGCUGGGCUACUGGCCUUCUGCGUUCCAUAUCUGGUUCCGAUGGUUUGCACUCAAGGGAGAUCUCGGCCCUUCACGUUCGAUCUUGACGCAGCAUCAGUACUGGGACUUCUUGCAACUAGGCUUGCGGGAAGGUUUCUCCGAGCAGCGAAAGUUCUGCUUGCAUAUCCUGACAGCAUCUGUUCGUCUGGCCAUGGCUGAAGGUGAGGAUCUUCAUCCGUAUGUCGCAGGUGCUACACAACCCGGCUUCGAGACCGACUUCACCAGGUAUUGUACGCUCUUUGAGACCAUCAUCCUUGGAAGGUAUCUCAAUCAAGUCGAGGAAUGCAUGCCGGAUCUACAGAACUUGGCUUGGAAAUCAAACAUACAUCCUACAUGGAUCAUCACCCUCCUGCGAGCUUCUCUCCGCUCCGGAGUUCAGGACGGCAUUCGCAAGCUCAUCGGCACCAGGCUUUUGCACGGCCUCAUCCCAGUGCCGAAUUCGGCUUCUGAUGCCUACCAGGGACUUCUUGCAUCAGCUUUUCUGCCUUGGGCCACGCAAGGCUUCCUUUUCACGGCGAGUCUCCGACGUCACGGCCAGCACGUUCGCUGUGAACACGGCGAGAGUCUAAAUUCUUUCAUCUCUCAACUUCUCAACAACUGCGCAGAUGACGAGUCCCGGCAAACUUUUGCAAGGGCCAUUCUCUCCUUCAUCCAUGAGAGGGGCCAGUACUUCUUCCAGCAUGCACUUCCCUACUGUUUACAGGGAAUCAUCGAUGGGUUUGCGCGAGAAGGUGGGGUCAGGACCAAGCUGGCAGUCGAAGACAUUCCCUUACUUGUUAAAGUGGCAACCCGUUCUGGUCUUCCCGAGGUUGCGCGCGAUUUCUCCACUGCUGCAGCAUCGGUCCUUAUCGAAGAGGCCGCUUCGGACCAUCCGGAGCUUUUGGAUACAACGCCUGGCUAUCAGCUUUUGAAACAACGCUGGCAUGAUGUUCGCAGUCAGAAUGAUGCUGAGACUGGACCCGCUCUCGAUAUUGGCAGGCUCAGCUUGGAUGCCGAAAACAAGGCAUCCCUCAAGUCAUUCGUGCAGACACUACGCGACAGUAAAUACCGUUGCCUACAGGGUGACGGACUUCUCGCUGCUUGUCGCCACUUGGUCCAAGUAGUCCGUCAAAAGAGCGACUUGGAUUCCGAAGACUUGCAUACCUCGCUAGAAGCGAUAUGGGACGAAAUGGAAACACAAGAAUACCCAAGACCUUCUCUCAUGCUGCUUCCGGAGAUUUUCUACCACCCGAACUGCCUUCGUGCAGCGUCGGAAGAAACACGGUCCCUCUUGGCCCGGGCAUUGCCCGACUUUCACACCUUCGCUGAGGGAAGAAUCUAUGUCUUACCACCGCUGGUCAAGGCACUUCGAAGAGCUUACUUCCAUGUUCCAGAGAUGGCCAGCUUCUUACCGAUGGAGGAAUUUAUUGUCCGCUUCGCUGAUCACCCACCAACGGCAAAGCUGGAAUUCUUGAUGGAGGCCGCCGUGGCCGAGAAACUGGCUGAAAUAGUCCCGCACCGUACAUACACCUCAUACUACGGCCCAGGGGAGUCUCAGGGAUAUGCUGCUAUGUUCGAUCUACUCAACAGGAUUCCCAUAUCCGACAACGCGUUUGCCAGGCGAAUUCUCGAUCAAGUCCUGAAGCCCUGGGUAAACCAGAAGAUGCCGAUACCUAUGGUCAGCAAGUGGAAAGCCACAACGCAGGUGCAAACAAUGUUGCUACUGUCUCAGAACUGCUUGGCUGCCGCGCCAAAGGAGGAGGUUGCACUAUACCUGCGAAAGUUCACAAAGAUCCUCUCGAUGGAACCGCUGCCUCGGUAUCGUUUCCUUUGGGAGUGGAUGAUUGCUCGGAUCUACGUACGUGAACCUGAACAACGCAAAGAGCUGCUAGAAGUUCUCGGAAGCGAUGAUCAUACGAAUCCGAAACACUUGGCUUCGGUAAUGAAAAUAGCGGUAAUGGUAGCCCGCCUCCCAGACUCGGACGAGGAGUUUGCGCACAAGCUCAUGACAUUCCUGAUCCCGCUAUCGGCAAGCCCGAAGAUUGUCAUCCGGCACGAAGCUCAAUGGUCGUUCCCGCCUCUUUGGGACCAUGCGGAAGCCUCUGGGUGGACGAGGGUGACGAGCAACCCUGCCUUUUCAGCUCUGAAUACUCACAUCAGGUCCCUCGACAAGUACUCAACACCUCCGCCACAACGGACGCUUGAAUGGCUGGACCCGAUCAAGGACCACAGCCUGGUUCUUCUGUUCGGCGGGAGAUACCUUGAUUUCGAUCCGGCGGAGGCUCGGCUCGUCUCGGCUGAUGAUUUCAAGGCUGUAUGGGCGGAGGAUGAGCAAGGAGAUGACUUUCCACCUCCGCAGAUGCCCCUAGGAGAGGAAAAGGCGGGGAAGGGGGCUGGUAACUCGGUAGGCGAAGCGAAGGACUGGGUUUCAGCAGCGAUUGGGGCGGACGAGACUGUCGGCUUUCUGCAGACCAAGGGUAUGGCAUGGCAGGAGGCCCUGCUCGCCUCGCCGGCGGCGUCAUCGACGCGGCCCAGCACGCCUUUGGUUCUUGUCGGAUCUUUGAUCGACAAUGCCUAUAACCUUGGCGGGCUUUCGAGAGCGGCAGAGAUCUUCGGAUGCGCUGCGAUGUACAUGCGGACUCUGGAUACGCUGAAGCACAAGGACUUUACCUCGGUGUCGGUUUCUUCACACUCGCACCUCCCGAUUCAUGCCCUGCCGCCAGCCGAACUUCCCGAGUUUCUGCGGGCACUGAAGGUAGACGGAUACAAGGUGGUAGGUGUAGAGCAAACGGACCGAAGCCUUGUGCUAGGUGCUCCAGGCAGUGAUCUGCCGGAGAAGUGUGUGCUGGUGAUGGGGAGCGAAAGAGAGGGCAUUCCCGGAACAGUGCUGGCAGAAUGCGAUAUUUGCGUUGAGAUCCGACAGGUCGGCGUGACCAGGAGUCUGAACGUGCAGACGGCAGCGGCGAUUGUGUUGUACGAGUAUCAGCGGCAGCAUUACGGGAGAUAG